AGCUGAGGCAUCCUUUCUGGACCAAACCAAUACAGUUGAAGGGGGAGGGUAGUCCAGGCCAGAUCUGAUUCGCUCCCUUUGGACUGAGUGACGCGUCUCUUUCCACCUAAGCUAUCUUGUGCAUUUGGAGGCAUUCGUAGGGUAUCGGCCGCGUUGGAGGUUUGUCGCGUGGUGUGGGCUGUGCUUGUUGGAAGGGGAAGUACGGAAAGCAGUGGCACGGCUCUCCUCGGCGCAAUACAGAUACGGGAACACUUUCAAUGGUGGCUGGUACUCUUUAAAGGGCCCAGCAAAUGCCAGCGAGGAUGAAACAAUACGGACGGGAAAGAUGACGAAGCGGGUGUUUAUUCUAUUCUGCCUCUUUCUGGUUGGCUCAUGGUAUCCAUAUCAUCACGUGUGUUGCAGCGAGAACACAGUACAUCCUUCACCAAGUGAACAAAAUGCAGAUUAUACGGUGAUUGAAGUCGAGACAACAAAGCAAAAUGAUGAAAUGGAUAUGCUAAAACCCCUUGAGCAAAUGGAAACAGUUGCAUCAGAAAAUCAAGUAGAAGAUAUUAAUUUGGAAGACUGUGCAAAAGAUGAAAAGGUCAAAAAUCCGGAGCAAGUUCAAACAAUUCCAGUGGUUGACACAGACGCUAAAGACCUUGUAAAGGGAACUUUGAGUCUGGCGGCUGACACUGAAAACAUUUCUAGUUCAUCUACCUCAAUUCCUUCUGUUCCUCAGUCAGAUGCUGUAGAAAAUUCCAGUGACGCUCUCCCUGUAGCCAGCUUUAGUGAAGCUGGGCAGUCAGAAUCUGACUGCGACAUUGGGGGGGCGGUAGAGGUUGACCCUAUGAGUGAGCCAUCUUUUAUCAAACCACCAGCAAGGCUUGUGGGUCAUCAUACUGAAAACAUCUCCGUUCAGCACAGUGAAAGAAAAGCAACAUCUCAAGAACAGGAGGAAAAUGUGUCUAAAACUCCAGAAGCUGAAAAGGAAAAGCAAAAAUUACCUAUCAGUUCUUCAGAGCAUACAGAAAAAAAGAAAGCAGAUCAAAAAGAAGCAACAGGUGUAGACUUAGUAGCUCCUGGAGGUACAAAGGACAUUCCAACAUUUGAUGAAUGGAAAAAACAAGUUAUGGAAGUUGAAAAAGAGAAAAGCCAGUCAAUGCACCCUUCAUCUAAUGGAGGACAGCAUGCUGUGAAGGUCCAAAAAAACCGUAACAAUUAUGCUUCAGUGGAGUGUGGAGCAAAAAUACUUUCUGCCAACCCUGAGGCCAAGAGCACAUCUGCGAUACUAAUAGAAAACAUGGACCUGUAUAUGUUAAAUCCAUGUAGCACAAAAAUUUGGUUUGUUAUUGAACUGUGUGAGCCUAUCCAAGUGAAGCAACUUGAUAUAGCAAACUACGAGCUCUUUUCUUCUACUCCAAAAGAUUUCCUGGUUUCUAUAAGUGACAGGUAUCCCACAAAUAAAUGGGUGAAGCUUGGUACUUUCCAUGCAAGAGAUGAAAGAAAUGUUCAAAGUUUUCCACUGGAUGAACAGAUGUAUGCAAAAUAUGUCAAGAUGUUCAUCAAGUACAUAAAGGUGGAGCUGAUAUCACAUUUUGGAUCAGAACACUUUUGCCCCUUAAGCCUCAUAAGGGUUUUUGGCACCAGUAUGGUGGAGGAGUAUGAAGAAAUUGUUGACUCUCAGUACAGCUCAGAGCGUCCAGAACUAUAUGAUGAAGAUGAAGAUUAUCCAAUUGAUUAUAACACAAGGGAUGAUAAAUCUUCUAAAAAUCUCCUUGGUUCAGCUACAAAUGCCAUUCUUAGCAUGGUGAAUAAUCUUGCUGCUAAUAUGCUUGGUGCGAACACAGAGGAGAAAAGCUCUGAAGGGAAAGAACAAAAUGGAAGCAAGGCAGAAAAUCUAACCUCAGAAAUUGUGAAUAUAGAUAAAUCGAAGCCAUCUGAAGAAACACCAACUCAGAUCACGCCUGAAACAGAAAGUUUAACUGCUCCAUCAGCACUUGUGAUUGAGUUGGAAGCUACAAAAGAGAGCCCCAUAGUUCAGCUGGUGCAAGAAGAGGAGGAAGAACAGCUUGGGCAAUCAACAGUUACUCUUUUGGAAAGCGAUGAGCAGGAGGAAGAAAAGACUUCCUGGUAUGAAUAUGAGACACAGAUAUACUGCAGUGAACUGGCAACCAUUUGUUGCAUCUCCAGCUUCUCAGAAUACAUUUACAGAUGGUGCUCUGCUAUAGUCGCUAUUCACAGACAGCGAAGUAAAACCUCUGAAAGCAAGAGAAAAGAGGAUAGUGAUGAGCACACUUACCAACCUAUGGCAAGUCCGUCUACAGUUGAUGCUUCCUUUGGGAAAACUGUUUCUGACCCCUCUGAAAGCAAAAUGACUGGAAGCAUAGAUUUUAUUUUGGUGAAUACAGGGGACAUUUUUUCAAGCAAUAUUUUAGACAACAAUGUUGAAUCCAUCGUCUUGGAACCAAGUCAAGCACAAACUAUUUCUCCAUCCGUUCUGUUACAUAUAACAUCAAGUGAUACGUCUGUAUUGCCUACACCUGUUCUAGAGACCACAAAAGCUGAAAUUAGUUCAGCCUCUAAAUCAUUGUCCUCAGAGGCUUUGCAAGUGCAGCUUACAGACGUUAAAACAAGUGAGGUUUCUGCCCAAGUUGUGACCCCCACUGCAAGCCUGGAAAAUAUUAAUAUAUAUGAGACAGUAGAGCAAAAUAUCAAAGACCAUGUGGAUAAUGUAAAUAUUACGACUACUGAGACCAUUGUUUCCCAGGAAGCUACCACUGUCCCUGUUGAUAAUGAUGUGGAGGAGCCACAGAAGCCAGUUGUGACCCAAACUAUUGACUCACAAACUACAGCUGACAGAAAGGAAGAAGAGACAGUAGAUGAUUCAGUCACCGGUGCCCUGCAAAGGUCAACAACAGAUUUUUAUGCAGAGCUACAAAACUCUACUGAUUUGGGUUACACAAAUGGCAAUCAAGUCCACGGAUCCAACCAAAAAGAAUCUGUAUUCAUGAGACUAAAUAACCGUAUUAAAUCUCUGGAAGUCAAUAUGUCCCUUAGUAGUCGCUAUUUAGAAGAACUUAGUCAAAGAUACCGAAAACAGAUGGAAGAAAUGCAGAGAGCCUUUAACAAGACAAUUUUAAAGCUUCAAAAUACUUCAAAAAUAGCAGAAGAGCAGGAUCAGAGACAGACCGAAUCUAUUCAGUUGUUGCAAGCACAGCUGCUUAAUAUGAGCCAACUGGUGUCUAAUCUGUCAGCAAGUAUUGUUGAACUUAAAAGAGAGGUGUCUGACCGUCAGAGUUAUUUGGUUAUUUCCCUCGUCUUAUGUGUUAUCCUGGGGAUAAUAACUUGUUUCCAGAGAUGUAGAAGUUCUUCACAUUUCAGUGAAGAUGAUCUCUCUAAUAUACCAAAAAGCAAUAAUUAUCCCAGUCCAAAAAGGUGUUUCUCUUCCUAUGAUGACAUGAAUCUUAAACGAAGGACCACGUUUCCUUUAAUCCGCUCUCAAUCAUUUCAGCUCUCCAGCAAAGAAGUGGAUCCAGAUGACUUGUAUAUUGUGGAACCACUGAAAUUUUCACCUGAGAAAAAGCAGAAAAAGCGUUGCAAGUAUAAAAGUGAAAAAAUUGAAACCCUGAAGCCUAUCGAUCCCUUGAAAGUGCUCCCAAAUGGUGACCUGAAAACAAAGAAGCCUUUCCCAAACGAGAGGGAUUUUGCAAAUAUAGGAGAGGUUUAUCACUCAUCCUACAAGGGUCCCCCUUCUGAGGGAAGCUCUGAAACAUCAUCUCAGUCAGAGGAGUCAUACUUCUGUGGAAUAGGUGCCUGCACAUCCCUCUGUAAUGGGACCCUGCAGAAGACAAAAACUGAAAAAAGAGCCAUAAAGCGCAGGCGUUCAAAACUACAGGACCAAGGGAAGUUUAUCAAAUCAUUAAUACAGACUAAAUCUGGGUCCAUGCCAAGUCUGCAUGACAUUAUCAAAACCAACAAAGACCUAACAGUGGGAACAUUUGGGGUAACGACUGUUUCUGGCCGUGUCUAACCACACAGAAGCUGGCACAGUAUAACCCUUUACACUUUCCAGUAAUGCAAAGAAGAUGCAGCUACUGAUGUGCAGAACUUCAAAUGACUGUGUUGACUUGUGUGAUAAUGAAGUUACAAACACAGCCUGUGGAAUCUGUUUCAUUUUACAAAUUGUUCAACCAAGUAGAUUUUUCACAGUUUAAUUACUGGGGGAAAGAAUAUUCUGAUGCCCAGUUUGUUGGGUAAAUCAUAAGCUCAACUUAACUUCCAUACUUAACCCUUUUUCCUGUAUUUUGCACCUUUAUAUAUUUAUGUGCCUUCUGUCUAUUUAUAAUGCAACUGGUAGGAAAAGCAUCAAGUGUGUAUGCCAGAUAAGUUUUUUAUGGUUUCGUUUUUCACUCUUUCCAAGUUUAGCACUACAACAUAUGAGGCCAUUUCCUAGAGCAACACUGAAACAGAUUUCGGUGCAAAAAUUCAAUUUUUACAAUGUCUGCAUUUAUUAAGUGGUGUAGGUUUUUUUUUUUGUUAGGAAAUACCUAGAGUAUUUAUAUUUAUAACUUUAUACCUCUGUAGAAUGCCAAAAGUCUCUGCUACUAAAUUGGCAUGCCAUUGCUGACUCCCUCAACCACCAAUUGAGAACAGAAGGGUCUAAAUUUUUAGUCAGCGGAAUAGUAUAAUCAUUAAUAAGUGAUGAUCAAUAGAAGCAAGUGGUCGAAAAGCUGUUUAUUUCCUAGCAAUUGAAAUUGAAUUAUAAGGUGAUGCUGAGCCAAAUUAGAUGUAUGUUGGCAUGUUCACAUUGAUGCACUCAUUCUGAGCCAAACUUUCCUUGAAUACAAUCAGCUGUUUAGUUGCAGGAGAAGUGUACUGUACCAUUGAUAAAGCUGCUCACAGGUCACAAAUUGCAACAGGCGUAGUCCUCAACUAGGUACUAAAUAAAAUAUGCUAUUUGUCCAGUUCUGUACAAUCCUCAAGACUAUAUCUCUAUAUGCUUUAUAUAGUCUAACUGCCUCUAGUAACCUUCAUUUGCUACUAGAUGAUGUUGUUUGGGUUCCAAACCCGCCAGUUGUCACAUUGCCCUUAGGGAGCAGUGCAGCUUUAUUUAUAAGUGUAGUCACUUUUGUUACAAUGUUUUGUGUUCAAUGGAAAAUUUCCUUUAGUGAUCAUAAUUCUGUAUUAUUUCAUCUCCAUCUUUCUGUUUAAUGCUGGAGACAUGCAGUGCAGCUAGCCAUCUGUUAUAUGCUGGAGACAUGCAGCUAGCCAUCUAUUAUAUACUGGAGACUUGCAGCUAGCCAUCAGUUAUAUACUAGAGACUUGCAGCUAGCCAUCUGUUAUAUACUGGAGACUCGCAGCUAGCCAUCUGUUAUAUACUGGAGACUUGCAGCUAGCCAUCUGUUAUAUGCUGGAGACUUGCAGCUAGCCAUCUGUUAUAAUGUCUCUACCAGCCUCUACCAAUUCCCAUACUAACACGGCUUUAUGAUUCAAAUGCAGGUCCUUCGAUUUCUGUUUCCAAGUUGUUUGCGCUGUCGGAACAUAGGUGAAUUCAUUAUACUGCUAGUCCUUAUGAUUUUAAAAUAGGAAGUGCAAAGAUUUUUGCCAAGUUUUUGUGCAUUUUUUUAACUACCCACUGCACCCCCCAAGUCUUACAUUUUCAUCAUCCACAUGGUUUGUAUGUAAGUUAGCCACAGACUUGUGAGCAUUUAGCCAUCGUUAUGUUGCUUAUGCACAAUGAUAAAUAUAGUAAUUGGAAUAUGGUUGGCCCCUUCCUCCUACUAAACUAUGUCUAGCUGGCUUUUGCCACAGCAUAUAGAAUUACUGUUUCAAAUACAACACUUUGUCCAAGUCCAUUAAAAGCAUACCAACCAAUAAACACACAGCUUUAACUUUAAGGAAAGUUCUGUUCUCUUUUGACUUUGCCUUUUAAUGUAUAGCCCUCCUCUUUUUUGGGGUUGUGUUUCUGCAGUCAUUUUGCCAACUCUCAAUUCCUAUUUACGACCAAUUUAAAAAGUCAUGUAACAAUGGGAUCCUUCCUUGGUGUCAUUUUUGUUUUAUUCUGUAAAAAGAAAUUUAGUAGAUUCUCAAAAACAAUCUUUAAUGUGGAUCUACGAGUCUCUGGAUUCAGUAUAUGAGUAUUUACCUUGUGCUGCAUGUUUUCUGCUUGGUAACCAGCAGUGCAUUUGCAGAUCUUUGUUUCUAAAUGUAAAGCAUUGCUUGGAUAUUAUAUGACAGAUACAUAUAGGCUACAUUAGACAAGCAGGAACUGCUAAAUCUAAAUAGCAAAAUGAUACUGUCUUGAGAAGGUACAAUUGAAAAUGUUGAUUUAUUUCAAAAUAUUAAUCCUUGCGGAGGCUUCUGGUGGAGAUCUAACCACAAAGAAAUUGUGUGGGUGUUAGGGAUGAUUUAUAUUGUCCCUGCUCUCUCUCUUGGUACAUUGUUUAGGCUGUGGCACUUGUUUGCAAGAUUGUGUGACUUCUUAAAUGCUUUCUAUUGGUCAUUUAUAGGAACUUAAUGACACAUGCUCUGCUAUCUUUGUGGUGCAAAACCCAGAUGGGAUGCAUUUCUCUGUUUGCUCUAUGGCUUCAUGACUGUAUACCAUCUUCAGCAAACUAAGCAGCAGUAGCAAGGAUGGGUCAUUAUCAGAUAUUGCUCAUACUAUUUUGGUAAUAAAGGUAGGAGAAUGAUUUCCUUUCUUAUAUUUAUUUGCUGAUAUUAGUCAGAUGGUCUCUGGUGCCUGAUCUCCAUUGUAGGUUUCUGUGGGGCCUAUUUAUAAAUCUGUGUGUAAGAACUGCAUGUAAAUAUACACACCGCCAUCUGAUUAUCUGCCAUUGCUGUGUUGAAUCCAGGGUAUUUAUUGUGUUUUUUUAUUUUAAGUGAAUUAUCAGCCCAGUGUAAAUUUCUA